CAUCCGUCAAAUAUGAACUACCAAGUACUAAGUCCUAUUUGAUCUGUUAUCAAGUCAAAAAUCAAAAUAUUAAAAUGGCUGACGGAACUCCUAGUAAAAGCGAUAUUGAAGCAAUUUUUCAGAGACUAAGAUCUGUUUCAGCCAAUAAAAUAUGUUUCGACUGCAACGCUAAGAACCCUACGUGGUCGUCGGUGACGUACGGAGUUUUCAUCUGCUUAGACUGCUCAGCGGUGCACCGGAGUCUUGGAGUGCACAUAACCUUCGUACGGUCCACCCAGCUUGACACGAAUUGGACAUGGAAGCAAUUACGGAAUAUGCAGCUGGGUGGAAACGUAAAUGCGACUCAGUUUUUCCGAACACAUGGGCUUGUAACCGACGAUGCACGUCAAAAGUACAAUUCAAGAGUUGCACAAAUGUACAGAGACAAACUAAAUACAAUGUCUGAACAGGCCAUGAAAACAUAUGGUACCAAACUACAUUUAGAACCUGCCACAGCUGAGAAAGAAAACAAGGCACCUAAGGAGGUAGACUGGUUUGCAGAACAUACUGACGGCACUAACAUUGACUCAGAGAUAUUGUACGCACAGGCCUACUCCGCGGCGGUCACUGCGGUGAACAACAAUUUCAGCGAAGAAGCUCGGCUCUGGGGCGCGAAAGAUUCAGAUGACGCGGCGCCAUCGAGCAAAGCCACACCGAGGCAAACGGCGAGGAGGACAAAUCCGAAGCUAGGUGCUCGCAAAGGAGGUCUGGGGGCGACCAAGGUGGCCGCCAACUUCGACGACAUCGAGCGAGAAGCCGUCAUGGCGGAAAAGCUGAGAAUGGAGACGCCGGCCGCCCGCACCCAGCCUACGGCCGAAUCCGUCGCCGAGGAGGUGGCCGCUCUGCGUCUGCAGUACCGCCCCGACGCGCCUCGGCAGCACGCCGACAGACUCGGCAUGGCCAACACUGCGGCCCGAGACCGAGGCGGAGUGUCGCACAGCGCCACGCACGCCAUGCAGAGCAUCGAGCAGGAGGACGCGUCCCCCGCCGCCGACGCUCCCGACGUGGACGACUUCGCCGCCGCCUUCACCAUGAUCAGAAACGAGCCGUUCGGUCGCGGCGGGGACCUCGGCGGCGGCGAGACAUCCGCCGACUGGCACAUCAUUCCGGAGCCCGGGCGUUUCUCGCGCCCCCCGCCGAGCUCCGAGCCCCGCUCGGCGCCCGCGCAGCCGCGCCGCGCCCCUCGCUCGCGAGCUCGCGACGACGACGACGACUCCGCCGUCAAGAAGUUCGGCUCGGCCAAGUCCAUCAGCUCGGCGCAGUUUUUCGGCGAUCAGGAGUCCCGCGGCGACGAGUCGGCGCUGUCGCGGUUCUCGGGCAGCUCGCACAUCUCGUCGGCGGAGCUGUUCGGCGGCGCCGCCCCUCGCCAGCCCGCCUUCGCGGUCUCCGCGCCGGACCUCGACGACGUGAGUUUCCUCCGUGUCCGUACUUCGCGGCACCGAUCGGUAGCUAAAAUCGCCGGAUGUCGGCAGGUUCGCGAAUCGGUGCGCAUGGGCGUGACGCGCGUGGCCGGGCGUCUGUCGUCGCUGGCCAACGGCGUGGUGUCUUCCAUCCAGGAGAAGUACGGCUACUGAUGAUUAGAUAUCUCCAAACUCAAGUCAAAGCAAUUACAAGGAACCAUUUAUUCUACAACAUUUUGCAUAUUAAUGUACAUUUGUAAGUAAAGUAUUGUCAGGCCGAGCAUUUUCUACUUCUCUUUGACAAUUAAACAUUCCUCAACCGAGAACACAACUCGUGGGCUCCGAUAUUAAAUGUACGGAGCCUUUUUCGCUCUUAUUUAUUUGAUACUUUGUGAAUACUGAAGAACCUCUACGGACGAUUAUGAUUCAAUUAAUAAAAAUAUAUUUGCAAUAAA